AUGGAUAGAUUUCUCACUAAGCCAAAAAAUGGUGCACCAAGUUCUAGAGCUAGUUGGACAUCCAUGAGUUCACAAAUUGCUCCGGAAGUUCAGAGGGAGACAAAUAUUUCUCUACUUUCAAAUAUGAAUAAAGUGUUUGACUUGAAAUCGUUUGAACCGGAUCCGAAAGAAAGAAUGCCAAUCUCGGAUUAUGGUCCUAAUAUUCGAGAUGAAGUGAGGAGAUAUUAUAUAAACAAAGGGACUUGUCAACCGAUUGGUCAUGUCUUUCCUAAAACUAAGAUUGGGAGUAAAAUGCGUCAAUUUAGUCCCACUUGGUUUAGGGGACCAUAUUCUCAAUGGUUGGAGUAUAGCAUAAAAGGAGAUGCAGCAUUUUGUUUGUGUUGUUAUUUGUUCAACAAUGAACUUGAGAGUUGUGGAAAUGCAGGGGAUGCAUUUACAAAAGAUGGUUUUAGGGGAUGGAACAAGGGUGUGGAAAGAUUCAAAGCACAUGUUGGUGAAGUAAAUAGUAUCCAUCACAAAUGCUUCAAUAGGAUGCUAGAUUUUAAAAAUCAACGUCAAUCGAUUCAAUCUUCUUUUGAUAAGUAA